AUGCGAGUGUACACUCCACACAAGACCGCCGCCCACCACAAGGCGAAUGCUGCUGUGGCCGAGUCCGUCGACAACCCAAUUGAGCUGCCCAUUAUCGACUUUGCAGAUCUCCAGGGCGAUGAAAAUACACGUCGCAGCGCCGCGGCAGAGCUUGACCAGGGCUUCCAGACUUACGGCUUCGUGUACCUGGCGAAUCAUGGCAUUCCUCAAGAGAUGGUUGACGAGGCGUUUUAUUGGGCUGGAAGAUACUUUGAGAUUCCUCUUGACAUCAAGUUGCUGGCUCGGCGUCCAGAUAAUCGUCCCUCGCUGAAGUACAAUCGAGGUUACGUCCCAGAGAAGACCGAUUACGACCUAUCAGAGUUCUUGGCCACCGAGAGGACUGGAGGGUUCGAAUUGAGUCCCCCAGAGCGUAAGGAGACAUUUGAGAUGGGCAACCCAUCCCUGGACGAGGACAGGCCGAACUACUGGGCCACACACCACGAGCUGCCCGGCUUCAAGGAGUUUCAAUACCGCUGGUGGAAGAUGUGCAUCGCGCUCCAACAGAAGCUACUUGGAGUGUUGGGCGAGGCUUUGGGACUACGAGACGCAAAGUUGCUCCGCAAGCAAGAGGCUCACAAUGACAGCCACAUGACAAUCGCGCACUAUCCAAACAUGCGCCUCACUCCGCUCAAGUCGCGUCAACAACGCUGGUUCAACCCACACACCAACAUGGGCGGCCUGACUCUCAUGUUCCAGAACGAAGUCGGCGGGCUCGAAGUACACAACGACAACGUCUUCAAGCCCGUCCGCCCCAUUCUAGGUACGAUCCUUCUCAGUGUUGGUGAAAUGCUCGAGCGACAGACCAACGGCCGGUGGAAGUGCGCCCUCCAGCAAGUCGCUCUCCCAGAUUUGCACACGCUGGAGCACGGCUUCAAGCCCAACAGCGACGUCGUCGAUAGGUUUUCCAUCGCAUACCAUGGCAUGCCCGACCCGGGGAUCCGCAUCUACCCUUUGCCAGAGUGCCCAGAUGGCAAAUGGAUGCCAAACCUGGGCGACUCACCUUGUCCUCAUGACUCUCCUACAUCUUACGAGCUGCAGGACAAGAGACUCAAAGAGGAACGAUAUGGUCCAGGAGGUUUCAAACCUAGGGAGCUUUGUGGUUGUGAUGGUUAUUACAUAGUGUAA